AUCUACUGGAACCUGUGUUAACACCAUCUACUGGAACCUGUGUUAACACCAUCUACUGGAACCUGUGAUAACACCAUCUACUGGAGCCUGUGAUAACACCAUCUACUGGAGCCUGUGAUAACACCAUCUACUGGAACCUGUGUUAACACCAUCUACUGGAACCUGUGAUAACACCAUCUACUGGAGCCUGUGAUAACACCAUCUACUGGAGCCUGUGAUAACACCAUCUACUGGAACCUGUGAUAACACCAUCUACUGGAACCUGUGAUAACACCAUCUACUGGAACCUGUGAUAACACCAUCUACUGGAGCCUGUGAUAACACCAUCUACUGGAGCCUGUGAUAACACCAUCUACUGGAACCUGUGAUAACACCAUCUACUGGAACCUGUGAUAACACCAUCUACUGGAGCCUGUGAUAACACCAUCUACUGGAACCUGUGAAUAACACCAUCUACUGGAACCUGUGAUAACACCAUCUACUGGAACCUGUGAUAACACCAUCUACUGGAACCUGUGAUAACACCAUCUACUGGAACCUGUGAUAACACCAUCUACUGGAACCUGUGAUAACACCAUCUACUAGCACCUGUGGUAACUAAUAAGAAUUUCGAUACCUUUGGUGGAUGCCAAUCACCUGGUACCUGUGAACACUGGUACCUGAAGUGACCAGUGUUGCCAGCAGUCUCCUAGAGUGUGACCUACAGAGCUAAGAUGUGCAGUCCCUUGGUAGUGGAGAGGAAGGUAGUUGGUAACAGUGGGAGCCAGGUGUGUGCAGGUGGUAACACUGCAGAGUGUGUGGCAGCAGCGUGCAGUGGACACACUUCACACAGUGUAGGUAAACGCAAGUUACAGAGUGUGGUAAACCAAGACGGAUGGUCAUUCUGCUGCGAGGAACAGCAUUUGCCACCAAAACGUUUUGCACAACAGCAGCAGAAAUUGCCUCAGCAACAUCAGCAGUACCAAGAGAAGCAGUGGGAGCAACAACAUCAACAGCAGCCUCAGCAACACCUGUAUCAGCAGCAGCAGCAAGAAAAGCGUCUCCAACAGUUUCAUCAUCACCAGCUGAAGUAUACGCUGCAUAAUCAGCAGGACCAGGCGCUGAAAAAUCACCAACAGGAGCAAGAAUUACAUUAUCAGCAGCAGCAGCAGCAGCAGCAACAACAACAACAACAGAAACAACAGCUGAAAAUGUGCAGAAAAAGCAACUAUUAUCGGCAAGACGCUCAAGAAGAGCAACUGCAGCUGGAGAGAAGCCGUCUGUUGCAGCGUCUUCAGGAGCUGCGGGAGGAGCAGCGAUGUGUGGUAUGCUUCGACGCUGCCUUCAGCGUCGUGUUCAUGCCCUGCGCCCACCUAGUGGCCUGCCCAACCUGCGCCGCCUCCCUUCUCUCAUGCCCUAUCUGCCGCUCCCCCAUACACUACAUCGUUCAUGUCAAACUCGACUGAGGAACCCAAGGCUGAAUUAUCUGUUGGCCGGCCUGAAGAGUCAGUAAGUUACUUCUGGGAGUGCUGACAUAAUCAGCAGGUCUUACCUCUCGAAGACACCUAAAUCAGGAAGAUUAUUAGGCCUUUUUGAUAUGGAUGAGUGUUCUUUCAGACAACACUCUAUCAAGAGAAGUACAAAAAUUUCUCCUGACGUGGGUAAUAGCCAUAUGAUGCCCCAUUGAACACUGCUUCAGACCACUUGAUCCAGACCUUCCUCUGGCUGCCCCCACCAUCUCUCAACAAAAAUAAACUCACAUCAAUCUUGGAACCCAAAGUAAAACUACUUCCGUGUUCUUAUAUAUAUAUUCGUGCUCUUGCUGCGUAUAUAAUUUCUUAUUCAGUAUACAAGGUCUGGAGUUAAAACUUUAUAUACCAAGGUUCACCAAGGUUCACCAAGGUUCACCAAGGUUGAUGCUUCAAGGUCAUAUAAUAAUACAGUAAAUUACUACAAACACUGUUUGUGUAAAAGCAAAAAUCUGAACACGAAUCUCAGUUCUCUGAUCUUACAAAUGAUUACUUUGAAAAUAGUAAAGUGUCGUGCAGCGACCCGUCCACGUCUACCAAACGUCCAUUUCUCGAUUUUCGGCAAAUUUUGAUUAAGUUAGGUUUAGUUAGGUUAGGUCAGAAUAGUUUAGUUUAGGUUAGAUUGG